CCUGCAUUGCGUGAGUGACUCGUGGUGGAGCCGGACGCCUCCUGAGGUCCUGGGAUGGACAACCACACGUCGCUGGCUGCCGUCAAGGAUUCCUGCACCUACCAUGAAGAGUUCAAGCAGAUCCUGCUGCCGGUGGUCUACUCCGUCGUCCUGGGGCUGGGGUUCCCUUUGAACUUCGUGGUCAUUGUCCAGAUCUGGCUGUCCCGGAAGGUCCUGACUCGAACCAUGAUCUACAUGCUGAACCUGGCGGUGGCCGACCUCCUUUACGUCUGCUCUCUCCCGUUGCUGAUCUACAACUAUUCCCAGAAGGAUUACUGGCCCUUCGGCGAUUUUACCUGCCGCUUCGUCCGCUUCCAGUUCUACACCAACCUCCACGGCAGCAUCCUCUUCCUCACCUGCAUCAGCGUCCAGCGCUACUUGGGCAUCUGCCACCCGCUCUCCACCUGGCACAAGAAAAGGGGCAAGCGCUUCACCUGGGGGGUGUGCGCCCUGGUUUGGGUCGUGGUGACGGCGCAAUGCGUGCCAACUUUCCUCUACGCCUCCACGGGCACCCAGAGGAACCGGACCGUGUGCUACGACUUGAGCACGCCGGAAAACUCAGCCGGCUACUUCCCUUAUGGCAUCGCCCUGACGGUGACGGGCUUCCUGAUCCCUUUCCUCUCCAUCUUGGGGUGUUACUGUAGCAUGACCAAAAUCCUGUGCCAGAAGGACGAGAUGAUCGGGCUGGCCGUCCGCAAGAAGAAAGACAAGGCCAUCCGGAUGAUUGUCAUCGUGGUCCUCGUCUUCGCCGUCAGCUUCUUCCCCUUCCACCUGACCAAGACCCUCUACCUGAUCGUCCGCUCCUUCCCGGAGGUGCACUGCCUCACCCGCCAGGCCUUCGCCAUCGCCUACAAAUGCACCCGGCCAUUCGCCAGCAUGAACAGCGUCCUGGAUCCCAUUCUCUUCUACUUCACCCAGCGGAAGUUUCGGGAAAGCACGCGGCACUUGCUGGACAAGGUCAGCUCCAAGUGGAGGCACGAUUCGUGAUGACGGACGUAGCGGGAGUCCUCCGGAAGAAGAAGAUGGGGUUCUUCUCCAUUGGCAUCACACACACCCCCGCUUAUUCUGCUCUUGGCACCCCAACCGGUGGAAGGAAAGGGCCCACGGUGAGCUGUAGCGCCAGCUCUGGAGGCCAUGCCAAUCCUUGAGAAGGGCCCUUCUCGCGGAGACGACGAACGCGACGGUGUAAAUACUUUCCUGGCCAUCCUUCCCUCUCAUCUGUUGGUUUGGGCUGCCAUAACUCUCCAUCGGUUGGAGACGGGGAUGGAUUGGACCAAUGGGCUCAGGAGAUUUCCGGAUUUCCCCCCAUUGGGUGCAGAAGGGGGACCAAGCAGAAACAUUCGAAGCAGGAAUCGCAAGGCCUGCUUUUAUCAACCACAGGAAAGAUCCCAAGCUAAUAUUUGUAAUCAAAAGGGGCAGAGGAUUUCCCAAUCGCUCCCUUUGUAGGUGCAGACUUAAAAAAAAGAAAUAUAGUGCUUUUACUGCAGGAAUAAACUUAACUAUUGGCAUUCUGGUAAAUGACAAAUGUGCCAACGGCACCAUUUUUAAUUUAAUAAAUGUACAGGUAAGGACCUGCCGUGACGCAUUUUAUGGUGGAAUAAACAGAGUCGGAAGGGACCUUGGAAGUCUUCUAGUCCAACCCCCUGCUUAAGCAGGAUACCUUAUGGCAUGUCAGACAAAUGGCUGUUCAGUCUUUUCUUAAAAACUCACAAUGUUGGAGCACCCAUGACUUCUGGUGGCAAGUUGUUCCACGGGUUA